CCCAAGUUUCAGAGAAAAAGGAAAAGAUUAAAAAUUAAAUAAUGACAAUAAAGAGGUCAUCUCAAGCAACAUCGAUCAAGCAAAUCUUAAAGAGAUGCUCGAGUCUAGGGAAGAAGAAGAACGUCAACGGUUGCUACUAUAAUCAAGAAGAUGAUAGUUUUCCACAAGACGUGCCAAAAGGUCAUUUUCCGGUUUAUGUUGGACCAAACCGAAGUCGCUACAUCGUUCCCAUCUCGUGGCUCGAAUACUCCGAGUUUCAAACGUUGCUCCGACUAGCCGAGGAAGAGUUUGGUUUUGACCAUAAUAUGGGUCUUAUCAUACCCUGUGAUGAAGGGUUCUUCAGGUCUCUGAUCUCCAUGUUCAGAUAAAGUUCGAUCUAAAAUAUCCAAGAAAGCUGACUAAUAGCUACGUGAUGACCAGAAGAAGAUCCGUGUUAGCAAGGCAUCAACCCGCGGGUUGGGUUUUUUUGGUUCUUUUUUUUCUUUCGAAGACGAAAAUUUGUAAUAGUUGGAGUCUUUUUUCCCUCAAGUCGGCGUGAAAGGUUAGCCGGUGAUCUUGAGAGGAGUAGCUAGUUAACUUCUAUAAAUACGUUGUGAUCAAUUAAAAAAAAAUCUACAUG